AUGUCAGGAGAAAUAGUAAGACUAAAAGCAGUGAUCUUGACAGUCAGUUGUCAUACCCAAAACAUAGCACCUCCAUUGGCCGCCACUCAGUAUUACCGCGUUCCAAGUCUGCACAUCUUAAAGGAAAUACUUAGCAACUCAUCACACAAAUUGAAACAGUUAGACAUUGUUCUUGUUGAAGGUACAAAGUUUUACUAUACAUAUCCUGUCUUCAUUCGAUAUGAUAGAAACAUCGUCUGUCCGCCAGUGAGAACACCAUAA